AUGUUCACGCGUAAAGAGGCUCGGGGCGGAAAAUCAUGGAGCUUCGGGGGGACUCCACAGAUGACAUCCUCACUGCCUAACGUCAACUUGUCCCUCCGCGAUCUCUCCGCUUGUUUAUCUACAACAAUUGAACCGAUUGUUGUCGCCUUCAAUAUGCCUGCAUACCACUCCAUCUUCCUGGAGGACCGCGAUGUCCCCGUAAUUGGAAACUUCCCUAUCCUCCCCCUCCGAACCCGCACUCGCGGCCCCGCAUACACAUUGCCCCCGCUUCCCAACACCGACGACCUCGAUGUCUCCCCAGAAAAUGAAUCAUACGACUGUGUCGACGAGAUCCUGUCGCUAUUCCGUGCGAACGUCUUGUUCCGCAAUUUUGAAAUCAAUGGCCCCGCCGACCGCAUGCUCAUUUACGGUACUCUGUUUAUCAGCGAAUGUCUGGGCAAGGUCAAGCCAACAAUGAACUCCCGUGAUGCCGAGAAGGCUCUUACCAAUGCCGCACUUGACAACUUCGCCAUCCCGGGCGAUGUGUCGUUCCCCCUCAACCAGGCCUUUGAGGCCCCCCGUGACCGCCAGGACGCCGAGACUCUUCGCCAAUUCAUCGCGCAAGUGCGACAGGAGAUUGCUAUUCGCCUGCACGGCAGAUUAUACCCCGGUGGAGUCGGACCUUCAAAGUUCUGGCUUAGUUUCACGAAGAGAAAGUUCAUGGGCAAGAGCCUCUAG